CCAACUCCAACUGUUUCGAAAAUUCUGUGCAGUGUAUUGUUUAACAUCGACUGUACAAUUGUCUAUUAUUCUCUGUUUUUUGUGGAAUUUUUUGCAUGGAAUGGAGACACCGAGGGCAUGUGGUUGUAAGGGAAUUAGGACGUGCCUGAUAUGCGAGGAAGAAUUUAAUAUUUGUAAACCUAAUUUGUUUAAAAAAUUGCAGGAGCUCCCUAGUUAUGUGUACUGUCCUCACUGUGACAAGGCAUAUCCAGGAUGGGAUGUAAAUAUUUUUAAGGAUCAUCCACACCAUCGAGGAACUCCAAUUUCCUAUCCAGGAGUAUUUAUCAAGCUAGAUUUCUUGACGAUUGGAGAGGCUGAUGAACUUCUGAUGGACUUGGAUGAUUUACCCUGGGACAUAUCUCAGAGUGGACGAAGAAAACAGAAUUACGGGCCAAAGUGCAAUUUUAAGAAGAAAAAACUGCGACUGGGUGAUUUCAAUGGAUUUCCAACGACCACAAAAUUUGUUCAGGAAAAAUUUAGGGAUAUUCCUCUGCUCAAAGGGUUUAGGACAAUUGAGCAGUGCAGUUUGGAGUACACGCGGGAACGAGGAGCUUCCAUUGAUCCUCAUAUCGAUGAUUGCUGGAUCUGGGGGGAGAGAAUCGUUACUGUUAAUGUUUUGGAGGAUUCUGUCCUCACGAUGACGAGGUUCCGUGGAGAUGAAGGGAAAUAUAAUCGCAACCUCGUGUCUACGUAUCCAUCAGUUGUUAAAGAACAAUAUUCUGAUGAUAAAAAUCUAGGAGACAUUGUUGUGAGACUUCCAAUGCCGAAGAGAUCGUUAAUGGUGUUGUAUGGCCCCUCCAGAUAUGACUGGGAUCACCUAGUGUUCCGAGAAGACAUAGACUCCAGAAGAGUCUGCAUAGCAUAUCGUGAAUUUACCCCACCUUAUUUACCCCCAGGUGAACGCAGUCACGAAACCGUCGAAAUUCUGAAGAAAGCAGAGAAUUUUUGGUGACGCAAAUCGCUCCACAAUAUUUUUAUUAUAAAUUAUGAAGAAUCACCGGGAAAUUUACACAUUUUUUUUCUC